GUCUCUCCAGUGACUUUAUCCGCAGCUGCGGUGGCAGGACGGGAAAUGGCUGGUCCUGCGGGCAGCGGCGCGGCGAGGUCUACUGAAUCUAUUCUCAAAGUCAAGGGCCAAAGAUUGUUAGGCACAAGGGAUUGAUCUCUUAAAUGGACAUCUGCUUUCACGUUAUGGCUCAGAUAUCCAGUAACAAUGGACAGCGUUCAUCUCCUUCAUUGGGAACUGCAAGGACAAAAGAUGUGGACAAGGAAGAGGCAUUGCAGAUGGAAGCUGAGGCACUAGCUAAGAUGCAAAAGGAAAGAGUGGUAACUGGCAAUAAGCAAACUUCUGAGUCUACAAGCAACACCAGACAAAAAGCACAAACUCAUAAUAAACAGGACCAUGAUCUCAUGGUGUUUCCAGAGGCUGUUUCCAAAAAGAGGGUGGAAGAUAAAUUAAGCACUGUUGAUAUAGAUAAAAUGACCCACGCUGAAUUAGAGAAACUGCUGCUAGAUGAAAGUUUUGAAUCUAGUAAAGUACCUGCGUUACCAGCAACUCCUGUUCUGAGCCCAUCUUUUUCUUCACCAUUUUAUAUUGGACCCACUGGUCAAAGAGGACAGUGGACACCUCGGCUACCUGGGCCUGUGACUUGCACUUUACCUCCUAUUUACCCAUCAGCUUCUAACAAUAAACAAGCUGGUGUAUUUCAGAAUGGCUUCCACCUAAGCAUGUCCACCUAUCAAUCUACAGAACCUGUUUAUCUUAGUCUUCCUGGACGGUCUCAAUACAUUUCAUACCCAUUGACAGCUACUACACCUUUCCAUCCACGAGGAAGCCUGCCCAUGUAUCCUCCAACACUCACGCCAGAAAUGGCAAAAGUAUUCGACAAAAUAGCCAGCACCUCUAAAUUCUUGAAAAAUGGGAAAUCCAGCACUGACUUAGAAAUGACUGAAUUUAAAUCUAUAGUACCUAAACUACCAACCUCAGAAAACUCCAGUGAUAUUAGUAAAUUUGAUUGGCUGGACUUGGAUCCUUUAAGUAAACCAAAAGUGGAUAAUGUGGAGAUUUUGUGUAAUGCAGAGGAUGAUGCAAAAGUGACUUCGAGUACAGUUGCAGAAGAUCCAUGGGAUGCUGUGCUACUAGAAGAAAAAUUGCUGGUAACGUGUCAUCUUGAAAGAAAAGUGAAUGGGAAAUCCACUGCUGGGGCAACAGUUACAAGAAGCCAGUCUUUAAACAUUCGAACAACUCAGCUUGCAAAGUUACAGGGCCAAACGCCACAGCAAGACAAUGGGACCACUAGCCUGACAACAGAAAAUGCACUUCUCCAAGAUAUUGAAGGGCGGAAUCAAGAGCUGGCAGCUUUUUGUCAAGCAGUUACCAAAUUGAGGACCAACUUUCCCUAUAACAAUCAGCACACAAAUCCAGGCUUUGUGCUGAGUCCAGUCAUGCUGCAAAGAAAUAUAAAUGGGGAGAAUGCCAGUAUCAAGGUUUCUAUAGAAAUUGAAGGAUUCCAACAGCCAGUAAUAUUUACAUGUGAUGUGAGUUCUCCUGUUGAGCUAAUAAUAAUGCAGGCACUUUGCUGGGUACAUGAUGACUUGAAUGAAGUGGACAUUAGCAGCUAUAUCCUGAAAGUCUGUGGUCAAGAAGAAGUUCUACAGAAUAAGCACUGUGUAGGAAGUCAUGAAUACAUUCAGAACUGUCGAAAAUGGGAUGCAGAGAUUAAACUGCAGCUCUUGACCCAUAGUGCAGUAUGCAGAGAUCUAGCACGAACAGACGAAGAUGAUAGGACACCUACAAAUUUAACAAAACACCUCUACAAAACAGAAAAGCCUUUCAGAGAAAAUAUUUCAAGGCAUUCUGUUGAAGAGCUCCUAGAAGCUUACCAUAUUCAAACUGACAUGGUUCUUAAAAACGAGAACCAACAGAAAGCAGUAGAUCAUGUAAUCAAGGCUGUAAGAAAAAUCUGUUAUGCACUGGAUGGAGUAGAAACUCAAGCAAUAACAAACUCUGUAAAGAAGCUGAGGAGGGCUGUUAAUCUCCCAAGGAGUAAAAAUCCUGAGGUGUCCUUGAAGCCCAGUGAUGACACUAGCAAUGGUUCAGUUGGUUCAUUGCAGCCUGAAAACCCUGUGCAAGUGAGCAUAGACCAGUUGACUGCAGCAGUCUAUGCCCUUCUUCACCUCCAUUUAAACUCAGGCUGCAGUAGCAGCAAUUCUUCAACAAAAAAUAGAAGCACUAAGGAAGCAUGGACUGCCACAGAGCACCUGCAAUUCACAAUAUUUGCUGCCCAUGGAAUUCUUACCGCUUGGGUGUCAAAUUAUGAAAAAUACUACUUGGUUUGCUCUCUGACCCAUAAUGGAAAAGAUCUGUUUAAACCUGUUCAGUCCAAGAAGGUUGGGACAUACAAGAAUUUCUUCUAUCUGGUUAAAUGGGAUGAACUAAACAAUUUUUCCAUCCAGAUUUCACAAUGGCCAUUGGAGAAUCAGUCUUGUGUCUCACUGUGUUUUGGAAUAUUAAAUCAAAUAGUGGAGUUUCACUGCUGAUCUAAUAUAAUACAGAGAAAAGCCCGAGAUGUUGGGUCAAGUUUCGUUUACCUCUUUUUUUUUGAUUGUAGACGUUUGUUAACUUGUGGGACUAAGCUCUUACACUUUUGGACUUCAUCACAUGUGACUGCAGCAUCAGGAACUGCCCAUAAAAGAGGAAAUCUCAUGGAAAAAAUAGUUUUGCAGGUUGACUUUCCCUCCCUGGCUUUUGAUAUUGUAUACAAAAUUCCUCAAGCUGCAAACGAUUUGGUACAUCAUUCAAUAGAAACAUUGGAAAAAAAUGUAAAGGAGCGUCUUCUUGCUAUCCUUGCCAGAGAUGGCACCCUUGGGCUAUCAAAGGAAGAUAAAGAAUUUUUGUGGGAGAAGCGACAUUAUUGCCGUGGACACACACAAAGCCUUCCAAAAAUAUUAGCUAGUGCCCCACACUGGGACUGGGCAAGUCUUCCUGAAAUAUACUCACUGCUUCAGCAGUGGCCUCCCCUACCUCCUUUGACUGCUAUGGAACUACUGGAUUCAAAGUUUGCAGAUCAGGAAGUGCGAACCACAGCUGUGAAUUGGAUUGAGGCAAUAAGUGAUGAUGAGUUAACAGACUUUCUCCCUCAGUUUGUGCAGGCGUUGAAGUAUGAAACAUACCUGGACAACUCUUUAGUCAGAUUCAUUUUGGCUCGGGCAUUAGGAAAUAUUCAGAUAGCACACUGUGUAUAUUGGCUUCUGAAGGAUACCUUACAUGAUGCAAAAUUUGGGGUAAGGUAUGAGCAUAUUCUUGGUGCCUUCCUCUCAAUCUGUGGGAAAGGGCUGAGGGAAGAGCUGGAGAAACAGACCAGACUGGUACAGCUUUUGGGAGUGGUAGCAGAAAAAGUAAAACAAACAAGUGGAUCUGCUAGGCAGGUUGUCCUGCAAAGUGGUAUGGAACGUGUACAGUCCUUUUUCAUGAAGAACAAAUGCCGUUUGCCUCUCAAUCCCAGCCUUGUGGCAAAAGAAUUAAAUGUCAAGGCAUGUUCCUUCUUCAAUUCUAAUGCAGUACCACUAAAAGUCACAUUGGUGAAUGCAGAUCCUCUGGGAGAAGAAAUUAAUGUUAUGUUUAAAGUCGGAGAAGAUCUGCGACAAGAUAUGUUGGCUUUACAAAUGAUAAAGAUUAUGGACAAAAUCUGGCUGCAAGAGGGACUGGACCUGCGGAUGGUUAUCUUCAAGUGCCUCUCAACUGGAAAAGAUCGAGGAUUGGUGGAGCUUGUUCCUGCUUCAGAUACACUUAGGAAAAUCCAAGUGGAAUAUGGAGUGACAGGAUCUUUUAAAGACAAGCCACUUGCAGAAUGGCUGCGAAAGUAUAAUCCUACAGAGGACGAAUAUGAAAAGGCUUCAGAAAACUUCAUCUAUUCUUGUGCAGGAUGCUGUGUAGCCACCUACGUAUUGGGAAUCUGUGACCGUCACAAUGAUAACAUAAUGCUUCGAAGCACAGGACAUAUGUUCCAUAUUGACUUUGGAAAGUUUUUGGGCCAUGCACAGACGUUUGGUAGUUUUAAAAGGGAUCGGGCUCCUUUUGUGCUAACAUCAGAUAUGGCUUAUGUCAUUAAUGGUGGUGAAAAACCUACUAUUCGUUUUCAAUUGUUUGUGGAUCUCUGCUGCCAAGCUUACAAUUUGAUCAGGAAAUAUGCAAACCUCUUUCUUAACCUGCUUUCACUGAUGCUUUCUUCAGGUUUACCAGAACUUACUGGAGUUCAAGACUUAAAAUACGUCCAAGAUGCUCUUCAGGCCCAAACUACAGAUGCAGAAGCUACUAUUUUCUUUACAAGGCUGAUUGAAUCCAGUUUGGGAAGUGUUGCCACAAAGUUUAAAUUCUUCAUUCACAACCUGGCUCAGCUGCGUUUUUCAGGCCUACCUUCCAAUGAUGAGCCUAUUCUCUCAUUUUCUCCCAAAACGUAUUCACUUAGACAAGAUGGUCGAAUCAAGGAAGUGUGUGUGUUUACGUACCAAAAGAGGUACAACCCAGAUAAACAUUAUAUCUAUGUGGUGAGAGUCUUAAGAGAGGUGCAAGUCGAACCAACGUUUGUCUUCCGGACAUUUGAUGAGUUCCAGGAACUUCACAACAAACUCGGUAUUCUCUUUCCUCUUUGGAAGUUACCUGGCUUUCCUAAUAAGAUGGUUCUGGGAAGAACUCAUAUAAAGGAUGUAGCAGCCAAAAGAAAAGUAGAGCUGAACAGCUACAUACAGAGUUUGAUGAACAGUUCAGCAGAGGUGUCAGAGUGUGAUCUUGUUUAUACAUUUUUUCACCCUUUACUUCGUGACGAGAAAGCUGAAGGAAUAGAUGGAAUAGCUAAGCCUACAGAUGCAAGUCCAUCAAGUCCUGCCUCAGGCAAAGUGGGAGGAGAAGUAAAGUUGUCUAUCUCGUAUAGAAACAGCACUCUGUUUAUCAUGGUGAUGCACAUUAAAGACCUGGUUACUGAAGAUGGUGCAGAUCCAAAUCCUUAUGUAAAAACAUACUUACUUCCAGAUAUAAACAAAACAUCUAAACGCAAAACCAAAAUCACACGAAAAACAAGGAACCCAACAUUCAAUGAAAUGCUUGUGUACAGUGGAUACAGUAAGGAGACUUUGAAGCAGAGGGAACUUCAGCUAAGUGUGCUCAGUGCAGAAUCGUUGCGUGAGAACUUCUUUCUGGGUGGAGUUAUGCUGUCCCUGAAGGAUUUCAACUUGAGGAAGGAGACAGUUAACUGGUAUCAGCUGACUGCUGUGCCAUAUCUGUGAACUCCUACAGCAGAAAAUAACAAAAGUGAAACAGUUCUGCGCACUUGUGCUUUGUGCAUUUUUCCUACUUGAAAAUAACUUAGGAAAUUUUAAAAUGAGACUCUGCAUUUCAACACGUGUGGGACCAACCCUCACCAAGCUGAAACCACAGGAUGUCUAGAAACCACCUGUUUUAGGCUUAUGGGAUAAUAUCCAAGCAUUAAUGUAAAUUAAUUUUGUAAUCAUAGUACUUGUGGGUAACUAAAGUUUUAAACCAUCCCUGGAAUAUUCAGGUAGUUUAUUCUGGCUUUACUGUAUCAGUUCAACCACGUUUAAUCACUUGCCCUGUGGAUAUAGUACAAGUAAUCUUUUCUGUUACCUGUUACAUUAUAUGUGGCAAGGUGCUGUAGAAUGCCAGAGGAAAGAUGUGGGGGGUUUAUGAUGAUACAGAUGCUAUUCACCAUUGGUGCAGCAAUGAUCAGUAAAAUGUCAGUGGUUGCACAAACUGUCAGAAAUGAAAUUGGACAGAACAGAUGGAAAAAUUGUUACAUUUGAAUCUUGAGAUUAAAUGCAUCUGAAACAUUUAUCAGAGUGAAUGCCCAUAAUGGAAGUUGUAGAUAAUGGUGCCUUACCUUGUAAUUCAAAUGCUUCUUGUAUCUCUCAUGUCUGAAAUUUAAAAAUAUUUACCUGUUAGCCAGGUUUAACAAACUUAUCCAGCUCUUUAAGAGGCAGAUUCAUGACACCGCCUACUGAACCUUUUGUUUGGGGAACUUACUCAGUUUCCUAGACAUAGUUUAAAUUUUAUACCAGCUAUCUGAGUGAGAUUAGUCAGUUCAUUUAAGUGAAGUCUUCUGUGCAAGUCACUGAUUUGCAAACUUUGAAUGAAGACUGGAUGGUUGUGGUGCCACGUGAGUUGUGGUCUUCCAGCAUUUUAAAACAGUUCUUAAAAUUUCAAGGACCUCUGUAGUGCAGUCAGCAAAUGCAUUAGCGAUUCAUCUAGGGACUUGGGUUCAACUAUUGGGUCACAAAUGAUAUUUACACAUAAGAAAAUACCUUACCCUGCAACUUCACAUAUUGAUUCUCCCUACUUGAAAAACAUAGGACUCCAAUAGCAGAUAUGCUGCAGGUCAGAAAUGAUUUGCAUUGGCAGAUAUACUUGGCUCAGACUAGUAUUGUCAGUCCCUCACCUCUUGUAAAAAUUACUCUGUUGAUAAAUUUUAUUCCUUCGUGAUACAAUAUUUAAAAUCAUAGGGUGCAAAUACAAUUUACUGUCUCAUGCGUGUGAUUAGUUACUCCACUGGGUCUGGCUGCACUACAUGUAUAGGUUUCUUAUUCACCUAUCAGUUUAAUGGUGACCACAGUCUGUUCUCUUUGGACAAAGCUGUAUGAAGACUGUGUGUAAAAUCACAACAUAAUUUUUAGCACUAUUUUAGAAAUACUUGUCAAUGAAGGUUGACAGUGAUAGACUAUAGUACUGACUGUCACUAGCAAGGAACUUAAAAUAUGCAAUGAAGACGACACAGCAUAGGAAAGUCACAAUCUAUUUUAUUUGCCCACCAAUAAAAUGCUCAUUAGAUACUUCCCCGCUUCUUCCUGCCCCCCACACAAAUACAAUGACCAACCAUCUUUCCAACCCAGAUGAGCAAAGUACAAUUGAAAAGUACAUUUAAAUCAUCGUUUGGUGCCUAAAACAUUCAUGGUCCAAUUUCUUAGGAAUUAUUACAAUAAAAAAUCUAAGAAUGUCUUUCUGAAUGUUAAGCUGGGUUGUUACUAAUAGGAGCUAGUUAAAAGAAAAUCCCGGUUUUAUUAGCUAUCGUGUGCAUAAUUUUUUCCUUCAGUAUAUAGCAUGUAAAUAGUAACAUACAGUAAAUAUAACUAGAUUUUAUUUCCUGCUCACUUGAUGCUUUUGAGACUUAUUCCAUUCCAUCAUCAAAACCACAAGUCACGUAGACACAGGAAAGUAACUACUGUUUUUGUGAAACGUUCCAUUGUUAAAUAAAUUGAAAGCAAUACAUACUGCCUUUUUGCAGUGUUAUUACAGCACAGUGUCUUACAGCACAAAAUAUAAGGAGAAGCUUAAUGCUUUUUUAAAAAUUUGAUUUUGCGACUGACAGAUGUCUGGACUUAGGUUAGAAAAUAUGUAGUACUGUAUGAUUGUUAGCAUUUGUCCUGACCUCUGGUUAACAGUGUUCUUCAUAGCUCAAUUGAUUUCUGUGCCUUUCCCUCCCCUCUUAGAAAAUUCACAUUGGCUCAAGCUUUUUAGGAUCAUGGCUUUUAUUUUUUGUCUGUAAAAUCUAGUCUUGGGUCCUCACCAAAAUAUUAGAGGAACAGCACUGAGUUUGCAUCUCUUUGCACUAUUCCUGAGGGGU